AUGUUUGGUACCUCAAGCACUCCAGCGUUCGGCACAUCAAGUACUCCUGCGUUUGGCACAUCAAGCACUCCUAUGUUUGGUACCUCAAGCACUCCAGCGUUCAGCACUCCAGCGUUCAGCACAUCAAGUACUCCUGCGUUUAGCACAUCAAGCACUCCUAUGUCUGGUACCUCAAGCACUCCUGCAUUUGGUGCUACGAGCGCCCCUGCAUUUGGUGCUACAAGCACCCCUGCCUUUGGUGCUACAAGCAUGUUUGCUUUUGGUGCUACGAGCACCCCAGCCUUUGGUACAACAGCAAGCCCUGCAUUUGGUAGCACAGAGAUUGCGUUUGGUGUGUCAAAUGCUCCUGUAUUUGGAUCUGGUGGAGCAUUUGGAGCAUCAAGCAGCCCUUUAUUUGGUUCCUCAAGCACUCCUAUGUUGGGCACCUCAUGCACUCCAGCGUUCUGCACCUCAAGCACUCCAGCGUUCGGCACCUCAAGCACUCCUGCGUUCCGCACAUCAAGCACUCCUGCAUUUGUCACAUCAAGCACUCCUGCGUUCAGCACCUCAAGCACUCCUGCCUUUAGGGCUUCAAGUACCCCCUCCUUGAGCUUUGGGUCCUCGCCAGUGUUUGGCCAAUCGGCUUCUGCAUUUGGUAGCACCCCAUUUGGUACCACAACUACUCCUUUUGGAGCCCAGAGCUCUCCAUUUGAAGCCCAGUCCACAACACUAGCAUUUGGCAGCACUGGCUUUGGGCAAGCACCUUUAGGAACUCAACAUGGGGGAAGUAGAGUAGCUCCUUACACGCCAACAUCUGAAGAUGAUAAUAGUGGUACCCCGACUGCUAUGAAGUUAGAGUCCAUAUCAGCCAUGCCUAUCAAUGAAGAUAAAAGCCACGAGGAGCUGAGAUGGGAGGACUAUCAAUUGGGAGAUAAAGGUGGACCGUUUCCUGCCACUCAGCCUGCUGGUGGGAUAGGAUUUAGUUCGAUUCCUACAAAUUCAAAUAUUCUUGGUCCUGCAACAUUUUGCCAAUCAUCUGUGAGUCCUUUCUAUGCCUCAAUGACUUCCAACCCGUUCGCACCAAAAUCUCCUAGCAUUGGCGGUUUGAAUUUUGUAAGCUCAACUACUCUUACAUUCGGUUCUUCACCUUUUAGUGCAUUAACUUCAUCUAGCCUUUUGGGAUCAACAUCAAUACCAACGUCAUCUGCGUUUGGUGUUGUCUCAUUCCCAUCACUUUUUGGUUCAUCUACGCCCCUCUUUAGUUUUGGACCAUCUGAGGCAACAAAUACAGCAUUUGGUAGUAACACUCAGUCAUGUCCAUUAUUCCAAUCCUCUUCAUCUUCAAUUGGGCAGACGGGCUCUUCUUUCGGACAUACAACUACUUCCUUUGGGCAGGGUAUGAGUUAGCCCUUUGGUCAAGGAAUGCUUGGUGCUUCUACCCCAGGAUUUGGUGUAAACACUUUCUCGAGCACCCCAUCGCUUCUUAAUUCGAGCAACACAUUAGGCUUUGGUCAAUCAAAUCCCUCUUUUUCAAUGCCUUUUCAACCAUCUCAGCCUACUAAGAAAAAUACCACUUUUGGCCU